CACCACGCACGGCUUCAGCCGCCCCGCCAUGGCUGCAGAGGGGCGGCGCGGGGCACGCUGGGGCGCGCGGUUCCACCGCCCCCUUAAAGGGACGGGAGCCCGAGGCCGCCGCGAAGGGCGUUGGCGGCGCAUCGGCGGCGCGGCGCUCGGCUCGUGCUGCCUGCGGCGCCGCCACAGGCGGCGGGGGCGGGCGUCCCAUCGCCUGGGCGGGCAUGGAUUAGCCGGGCCUGGGAAGAUGGCCUCCUCGGAGCAAGCGGAGCAGCCCGGCCAGACUGGCUCCUGCCCUGCGACUGAAAAUGCAGCAUCUCGGGAGCCUCUGAUUGUGACAGCAGUGAAAUUUUUACAGAAUCCCCGAGUCCGCCAAAGUCCAAUUGCAACCAGAAGAGCAUUUCUGAAGAAGAAAGGCCUGACAGAUGAAGAAAUUGACCUGGCUUUUCAGCAGUCGGGCACCAGCACGGAUGAGCCGCAGUCCCCAGGUCCUUCUUCGCAGCUGGUGCCAGCUCAGCCUGCUCACCCUGUGGUAUAUAGUCCACCUGGCUCCAGAUGGCGAGAUUAUGGGGCUUUGGCUAUCAUAAUGGCAGGAAUUGCAUUUGGCUUCCACCAACUUUACAAGAAAUACCUACUCCCUCUCAUCAUGGGAGGCAAAGAAGAUAGGAAACAACUUCAGAGGAUUGAGUCAAACAUUGCUGAGAUGAGUGGCAGUGUGACACAGACAGUGACUCAGUUACAGACAACUUUAGCAGCUGUCCAAGAAAUGCUAAUUCAGCAACAACAGAAGAUCCAGGAGCUCACCCAAGAACUGGCUGCUUCUAAGGCCACAACUUCCACCAACUGGAUUCUGGAGUCACAGAAUAUUAACGAAUUGAAAUCUGAGAUCUACUCGUUAAAAGGACUCCUCCUGAACCGGAGGCAGUUUCCUCCCUCUCCUUCAGCUCCUAAGAUCCCAUCAUGGCAGAUCCCAGUGAAGCCAAGCUCACCCUCCAACCCUGUUGUUGCCAACCAUAACAGCAGCAGUGACAUCUCACCUGUCAGCAAUGAGUCUACCACCUCCUCACCGGUCAAGGAGAACCACAGCCCCGAGGGUUCGAAGGUCAGCUGCCAUCUGCUGAGCACCGAGGAAGGCAACAAGGCAGUGAUUGAUGUCAAGAGCCAAGUGCGGAUGGAGGUGCAGGGUGAGGAGGAGAAAAGGGAAAACAAAAGGAAUGAAGAGGAAGAAGAGGACGAUGAGGAUGAUGACGUGAGCCACGUGGAUGAGGAGGAAUGUAUGGGUGUCCAGACUGAGGACCGGAGAGGAGGGGAUGGGCAAAUUAAUGAGCAAGUGGAAAAGCUACGAAGACCCGAGGGGGCCAGCAAUGAGAAUGAGAUUGACUAAGGCGCCCUGGCUUCUGCUGAUGCUGCUGUACAUCUUCCCUAGCCUCCUGCACUGUCCCUGGUGCCUCUCCCAUUUUGUGGAGUGCCACCAUCCCUUCCAGUGAUUCUUCCAUGACUGACCUUGAGCAGGGUCGUGAUUGCCUGGUGAACAAGGAGGGCCCUGUUUCACCACAUGGCUGUGCAGCGUUGCAGUGGCUUCUUCUCCCCUCCCAGUCCCCCCUUCUCCCCGUGAGCUGGGGUCCCUGCCUAGGCUGGAAGACCAAUUGCCUUACCAUGCACCACAGCAACAGAAUAAGUCCCCUUAACAAAAACAUCCAGCAUCUCCUGGAGUGGUCAGCCUCUUUGCUACAUCCUAGAGCCCUUCUGUCCCAUUUCAGAAACCUGUCUGCCCUGAAAUCUUUGAUUUCACAAGCCUUUAAUUGCCACAUAAUCCCCAAAACAGUUCUUGCUGUUUCCCAAAAUACCCCUCUGUUUUAUUUCUAAAACUAAUUGGUACUCUAUCGCCAAAAAAAAUAACAACAGUUUAAUUCUAAAUUCCUCACCAGAUCUCAGUCUCAGCCACCUUCUUCCAAGCCUUAUGCCAAACCUCCAAUUCCUGAAACUACCUAGCAUUUAAAGACACUAAAUUUCUGGUGGGGUCCAAAGAACACUAUUUCCACCCCACGUGCUCUCUCCCAUUCAUUGAAGUGGCCUCUUGCUAGGGACUGAGACCAGGUUUCACGGCCACAAUAAAAUGCAGGAGAACAGGUGGCUUUGUUACUGAUUGCUCCCCCGUAAAAGGAGGUUUUAAAAGAUGACCCCACUCAUGGCAGUUACUCCCCUUCUUCCUCCAAAGACAAGGAGCUCGCAUCAGUUUUUGACAUCUAUUAUAGCUGUCCUGAAUGAGAUGAUAUCAGAUGCUGAAAUAAUUGGUUAAUUUUGAAUCUGUGCAAUGGUUCUUAGCUUGUUUUUCUCCCUAAGUGAGGAGAAAACCCGUAUUAAAUGAUCAGCUGAGACCUGCACCUACCCAGUGACAGGCACCUGCUUCAGCAAGGCAGUCUUUACAAGAGAGAGAACAAUUCCAGCUCUGAGGUACACCACUGGCCUUCUUGCCCAGCCCAGCCAUUUUUUUUGCCCUACUGGGGCUAUACACAAAUCAAAAUGGUGAAUUUUGAAACCUCUCAUUUGCAGCAUUGUGUUCUCAGCUGUUAAAAUGGUGGUGUCCAAUUAUAUUAUUCACUGCAUCAGAGCCUCUUAGCAGAGCAAUUCUUGUAACAACUGAGUUUCACUGUCCUCACCAAGCAAGCGUGCUCGUCUGUGUGAUCAUGUAUAGAUUUCAAAUAUAAAAUAUGAUUGUAUAUAAUUGUAAUAAAUAUGAGUUACCACUAUUUAACACCA